AUGUAUACCCCAAUAUCCAGCAACCCCUCGCCACCAUCUUCAGCCAAAGUAUGCAAACUCCAAAACAGUUUUGAGCCAGGCUUUGUGGCCAAAGGUGACUAUAUAAUUGGAGGGAUCUUCCCCCUUCACUAUAACCAGGAGAUGCCAGACCUGAACUGCACCUACAGGCCACCACCAGUAAAAUGCAAUGGAUUUGAUCCCAGGGCUUUCCGCUGGGCUCAAACUAUGAGGUUGGCAGUGGAGGAGAUAAACCAGAGUGCAGAGCUAUUACCCAAUUACACACUUGGGUACAAAAUCUUUGAUUCAUGUGCAUAUCCACUGACCGGCCAGAGGGCUGCUCUGGCUGUGUUAAAUGGGCUGAGUGAGGAUGACUCUCCCACGUGCAGCGGUGCCUCCCCACUCCUCGCUGUGAUCGGGGAAUCUGGUUCUGCUCAAUCUAUUGUGGUGUCAAGAAUCCUGCAACCAUUCAGAAUCCCAAUGAUCAGUUACUUUUCUUCGUGUGCAUGUUUUACUGACAGAAAAAACCAUCCCACCUUCUUCAGAGUAAUCCCCAACGAUGAUUAUCAGGUGAAAGCCAUUGCUCAGCUGCUGGUACGAUUCAACUUCACUUGGGUGGGGUUGGUGCGAGGAGACCAUGAAUAUGGGCGCUUUGCUGUGCAAGGUUUACUGAGAGAAUUACAGGGUACCAAAGUGUGUGUAGCGUACCAAGAAAUGAUACCUCUGCUCUACAAUCGUAAGAGGGCUCUGGAGAUCUUGCAGGUGAUGCGUAGCUCUACUGCAAAAGUGGUGGUGGUAUUUUCAGCUGAGGGGGAGAUGACGCCUUUCUUGAGAGACUAUAUGACACAGAACAUCACUGGAAUCCAGUGGGUUGCCAGUGAAGCGUGGGUCACAGCAUCCGUCUUUACAGCCAGUGAGUAUUACCCCUACCUAGGGGGCACCAUCGGGUUUGGCAUCAGAAAAGGUCAAAUCUCCGGACUCAGUGACUACCUGCGGACAGUCAACCCUCGAUCCCUGUUUCCUUCCUGCUCAGGACAGGAGUCCCUGUUAGAGCAGCAUUCAGCCUACAUGAAUACAUCCAGCCCUAGAGUGGCCUAUAACGUCUAUAAGGCUGUGUAUGCAUUUGCUCAUUCCCUGCACAACCUUCUUCUCUGUCAACCGGGCAGUGGCCCUUUCCAAUACAACUCAUGUGCUCAAAGCAACAACAUAUACCCCUGGCAGCUCCAGCACUACCUCCAGGAAGUGACAUUUAACAUUGCCGGGGAGGAAGUGAACUUUGACCUAAAGGGUGACUCUAUAUCUUAUUAUGACAUUCUCAACUGGCAGAGAGGCAUGGGCGGGAACAUUGAAUAUGUCAACGUGGGGUUGUUUGAUGGAACCAAGCCUGCCGGAGAGGAGCUGUUAAUCCAGGAGGACAGGAUCAUGUGGGCAGGGCAUCAGA